GGCUUCGUCCAAGACAUUUAGAAAGGAAAUUAUCUACCAUUGUGUACUACUAAUCUCCGUGUCUGUUUAACUCGAUUCAGAAAAAACGUUUUAUAUUACAGCUAAGGUGCGAAUAUGGCGACAGUGGGAUCCGAGCCCCAGCCACAUUCUCAACUCGCUUCGGGUAUUGUCCAAACUAAUAUGAACAGUUUGGGAUGCAGUAAUCUGCCACUGAACCGGGGUCUGGAAAGAGCUUUAGAAGAAGCUGCCAACUCCGGGCUUUUGAACCUCAGUGCGAGAAAACUCAAAGAAUUCCCGAGGACCGCUUUAAACCACGAUCUCACUGAUACAGUCCAGGCAGACCUGUCCAAGAACCGCUUGACUGAGGUUCCUGUGGAAGUGUGCCAUUUCGUCUCGUUGGAGAUAUUAAAUUUGUAUCACAACUGUGUUAAAGUCAUUCCAGAUGCUAUUGUCAGUUUGCAUAUGCUCACAUACUUAAACCUGAGCCGAAAUCAGCUGUCUGUGUUGCCAGCUUGCCUGUGUGGUCUUCCUCUGAAAGUCCUAAUAGCAAGCAACAACAAGCUGGGGGCCCUGCCAGAAGAAAUCGGACAGUUAAACCAGUUGAUGGAAUUGGACAUCAGCUGUAAUGAAAUCACGGCUCUGCCCCAGCAGAUUGGGCAGCUGAAGGCACUUCGAGAGCUCAGUGUCAGGAGGAAUGUCCUCAGCAUUUUACCAGACGAUCUAGUGAAUCUUCCAUUGGUCAAGCUUGACUUUUCUUGCAAUAAAGUAGCAGUGAUUCCAGUCUGCUACAGGAAGAUGAGCCACCUGCAGACUCUACAGCUGGACAACAACCCUCUGCAGUCUCCCCCUGCACAGAUUUGUAUAAAAGGAAAGGUGCACAUAUUCAAGUACCUGUACAUGGAAGCCUGCAGGAUUGACAAGACAGUGGACUCGCUGUAUCUGCCAGUCAUAGAGAGGCUCAGCUUGUCCCAGCCUGCAGCAGGGAGCAUUGAAGAUAUCGAUCAAAGCAGAAAGCAGGAUACUGAUUCUGGACUCGGCAGUGAUAAUGGAGAUAAGCGCUUAUCUGCAACAGAGCCUUCAGAUGAAGAUACUGUCAGCCUCAAUGCACCAAUGUCAAACAUCACAGAGGAAGAGAGCUUUAGUAAAGAGGACUCCAGUGAACAUAUGAACCCAUUUAAAGAGGAGUCUGAUCAAGAGUCUGUAAAACUGAUUGAAAACAACAACCCUGAAGAGAGACCGCAGGACAAGUUUGUGUACGGUGGGCCUGGUCUCAGCACUCCCUUUGUGACCUACAUGAAGGGGAGAGCAGCUGAGUUUGACGAACCUCUCAGAAUAGAAGAAGACACAAGCUGGGCUACGGAGCCAAUGACAAAUCCACCCGAUAAUCAAGAGAUCCACAUAGAAAUGAUCAACCAGCUCCGAGAGGCAGUGGAAUUAUUACAAGAUCCAAACAGAUUAAACAUGAAUACUGAGGCCAGAACAGGAGUCCAGUUAUACCCUGUCCAUACCACAGAGAAUUUAAACUCAUCUGUAAAUGGUCAAACAUACCAAGACGUGUCUAUGACUCGCAUGAGAGAAAGUAUUGGUGGAGAGCUUGAGUUCCAGAAGAAGAGGGAAUUGAUUCUAGGAAAAGCCAGGGUUGAGGCCCAGCUUGCAUGCCAGCGGUUUGAGAGACAACUAUCAAACCAGAGUAAUUCAAAGACGCUAGAAGGACAGAAUGAUGUGAGAAGAGCCUCUGUGGAUGGGGGUGAAGACAAAACUCCUGCUUCUUCUCCUACUACAAACACUCCUUUUGGCUUGAAGCCUCGAUCUGACCAGCCCCUCCCUUCCUCUCCUCCUCCCUCUUCCAGCCCUCUUACACAGGCCCUGGCAGGGGAUAACGCCAUACUCACUACCCCAACAGGAGGAGGCAUGACAAACAGUGUAUUCUUAAGGACACCAAGAAAAUUAGAGUCCAUGGACCCACAGUUUACAAUCCGCCGGAAGAUGGAACAAAUGAGAGAAGAACUGGAUCUCAUGGAUCAGCUCCGUGAGAACAUCGAGAGCAGGUUGAAGGUGGUUUUACCCGCGGACCUGGGAUCGUCACUGAUGGACGGGGUAGUUCUUUGCCACUUAGUCAAUCACAUUCACCCCCGAUCGGUGGUCAGCAUACACGUCCCAUCGCCAGCAGUGCCUAAACUAAGCAUGGCCAAGUGCCGGAGGAACGUGGAGAAUUUCCUGGAUGCUUGCAGAAAGAUGGGAGUACCAGAGGAGAAAUUAUGUCUGCCCCAUCACAUACUUGAAGAGAAAGGCUUGGUUAAAGUGAGCAUAAACGUCCAAGCGCUGAUAGAUGUGUCCACAACCAUUCAGGCCUUGUUUACAUGAACAUCGAGUAAGGCCGACCGGACACUGGGUUCAGAACGCUGCCUACAACAGAACAGCACACAACCCACAUGGGUUUGCAGAACCAGUGAGCUAACACCUUCUAUACAUUGCUUCUAUACCUCCUGAAAGACCAUUGUUUUAAGAGACAUUAUUAUACUUUUUUUUUUUUUUUUAAACAGUAUCUCCACAACUUUAAUAGUAAUCAAAUUUUGAGCAGUGAAUUGCUAUGUAAAGAUACAGGUUCUGCAAAUUAUGUACAGCUGUUGGAGCUCACAAAGAUUAACCAGAAAGACUAUAGAUAACCUAGUCGAGGUUUCCCUUUGCAGCAGUAACAUAUCACCAUAAGAACUGCUUUUAAUCAAGCUUUUUGGUGUAUUGACAGUCUAUAACCUGUUCCAAUAUCACAAGAUUCUUAUUUAUAUUAUUUAUAGAAGAUUUUUAUUCAUCUGUGAGGAUUUUAAGGUGUAUAUGUCACAUAAAAUGUAUCGGGUUAAGUUUUAAUUCUAUUAAUAUAUGUUUUUGUAUUCAGUUUAAUAGGUAAUAAGAGUAAACUUGCAAGGUUAUGUUCUGUAAACAUGUAAAAUUAUUAGGAUUUUUUUUUUUUUUUUUUUUUUUUUAAUUUAAAUGGCUCUCCAGUGUGUCCCGGGAGGCAGUGACUGACUUGCAUUGUUUCACUUCAUUCCAUACUGUUUCUAACAUUCCAGGAUGUGCUCAACACUAUCAGCCCCAUUUAUACAAUGCAUACGUUUUGGGAACGAGUGAAUGAGGCUUUUCAAAACAGGCCUUUAUUUUUGAAAGCAGUUCGCUCUUGUUAGUGGAGCUGAGGAUUAAGAGCCAGGAGAUCCAGGGCUUUGGACCUCAGCUCUGGGAGUGGGGGGCUCAGUUACACCUAACUGAAACAUGGGUUAAGACCCACUGGAAAUGAAGUUACUAUCUCUGUUGGGCUAUCCAAGAUCAUCUCUAAAGGUAUUGUGAAGGUUUUUAUUGUUAGUGCUAUACAGCUUACAUGUUAUGAAGAGGCACAACCCAAUCCCCAUUAAGCCUACAAAUGUGGACUGAAUGAGUAUAACCAGAAUAUAAUAUACUUCCAUAUAAUGUCAAAUAACAUUGUGAUCUUUGAGCGUGAACUUUUGAACACUGUAUAAUGAGUAAGUAUAAGAAAAAAAAAACAAGCAAUGCAAGGACUGGAAUUAGGUAUGGAUUCUGUAUAGAUACAGUACAAGCUGGCUAUCUGAGUUAUAUAAAUCACAAAUGUCAGGAUCAAUGUAACUGCUGAUAACUAUGAAUUCAGUUUUUCAUGACGUGAUAAUCUCAGUUGAAAAAAAACAUGAGAUUUCAGACUCAAAUUCAGCCAGUUAACUGUUUUGUUUAUGAAGUAAAACAGCCUUUUGUAGGGAUAACCUGGCAAAUUAGAACAGUUUUUACACAUUUAAAUUUCACAAAAACAAAAUGACAUGCUUGAAAACAUUGCACAAUGUAUAUUUGUGUUUACUAAAGGCACUGCAAAGCUGUAAAAACUGAUAGUGAAUGUUGCACAAAAAGUGUUCUAAAUGGGGUUAUCUUUUAAAAAAAUGUUUUAUGAAUGUGCAGUUUAAUUAAGCUUGGUGUCCUAAGAAAAAAAACUACUUCAAGAUUCGUAUGCAGAAUCUAAUGCAAUUUAUACAUGUUUUUCUUGCUAGUUGCCAAAUCGACAUAGGAAAAUGUCGUGUCCAGCAAAUGUAGAUAAAUAUUGUAGACCGGAGCAGAUUUCUUUAGAAAGUAAAAGUAAAAGUGAUAGAGUAGAUUGGUGGUGUAGGAGGUUGUAAGGUUGCGAUCAAGAGAGGUAUGUAGUGUCAGUGACAAUAAAUGGAGCUGCAAAGUGAUACUGGUUUGUGAAGGGUAGAUAUUAUGAGUACAGUAUUAAAUACACUAAAGUUAUGAUUUAAAUAAUCAACAUCCUUAGGCCAGUCUUCACUGGGGUCUCGUCAUACUGCCUCAGGUGCUCCCGUGGGUUAGGGAGGUAAAACCAGCAGGGACUGUUUCUCCUCAUCGCUCAACAGCAAACCCUGCUGGAUAGGCGCCCAGUGAGCUCAGAGCAGACACCUGCAGAGACUGGCCUUUGUCCUCGAGAGGUCAGUAUGUCGUUGACAUCUGCUCUCAAGUUCAUGGGUGAAAAAGAAAGCUGGCUUGGUCGUGGGAUGAACCUUCAUGUCUCCUGAGCCAUGCAGGAAAUUGCUGUGCUUCGGAGAAGAAUGAUUUGGCAUUCCAAAUUGGAAGAAAAUCAGGGGAAAAGCUAUGUUUGGACACACCAAAAUGAAAAAUGAUCAAAAUACAUUGGCCUUGUUGACGCAGUAUUUUCAGUACCAGUGCAUGUAGUCAAGUAUAACUUCCUGUAACAAAUGACAGUCUUAACUAACUUUGUACAAAGGAUAUUUGAUACACUUUUAGCUGGCUUUACUUGAUGUUAUAUAUUUAAAUUCGUGUGUGUGU